GUAUGAUUAUAUCAGCUGUUGAAAUAUGCCAUUGAUUCGUAAGGAGGGCAAAGACACUAUAAUAUUUGCGUCGAAAGAAGACCAUGCGACGCCUAGUAAAAUAGAUCUUCCAGAACCAGAACCGAGUCCUGGUCUCUUGUUGGCCAAUGGAGAAAUCAACUGGAACUGCCCUUGUCUUGGGGGAAUGGCUACAGGACCAUGCGGUUUGGAAUUCCGUGAAGCUUUCUCCUGUUUCCAUUACUCUACCGCGGAUCCAAAAGGUUCGGACUGCUACGAAGCGUUCAAAACCAUGCAGUCGUGUAUGGUACAGUACCCUGCAUUAUAUCGAAGUAAAGGUGCAGUCCUAGAUGACCUCGACGAGGAGGGCGACCCGAUGGAAGAACACCAUAAAAAUUUAGAGAGCGGAGACAAAGUUUCCGGUGUACAAAAUAAAAUGGAAAAAGAAGAUAUACCAGAAACUGCUAGUAUCGAGAAAGGAGUAGAACGAACUAACGCUAAAUAAACGAUUGUUAUUUCGCCAGUACAAAUAUAAAUGCAAUGCGGUUGCAUUGCAAACUACCUAAAGUAAAUUUUUUACCGAGACUUAACACGAUAGGAUCUCUGUAGUUCCCGCAAGAAAUAGAUGCGUGUGCGAUCGAGUAUUUUCGAAAGAAAAAGUACCCGUUCUUAAUUUUUCGAUAAAGUUAUAGAACAGUGAUAGGCAAUUGCGUUUGCGACGGUUAAUUUGCCUAUCGCUAUCGUAGAAGAUAAAACUCCCGUUGUUCUAAACACAACUGAAACAUUGCAUUUGCCUGCAGUUUCAAUUUUACUUAAUUUUUGUUUAAAAGCUAAAAGUGAACAAUUGAACGUGCAAUCGAUACACAUUAUUUCUCGUUGACUCGCAGCUUAUUGUACAUACUUUGUACAUUGUGAUCAAUAAAAUACUUGUACGAAUAAACAGAUAACCUCCUUC